UUAAGAUAUCGAAUGGGCCUUUAAAACAUGUCUAUUCGUGGAACUGGACUCUUGCAAGUCAGCUUGAUUUUGCUUACAUCAUUAUAUAUGUCAUUUAUCAUGAAUAUUAUUGGUUAUCUAUAAAGGGAAUCUAUCUUUGUGGUCGAUCUCGGACCCGGUCGUGCUGCAUGACCGAUCCCUCUAGCAUGACCCAGUUUUCAAUUUUCCUGUGCGGUUUGUACAGUUCCUGCGGAGAGAGCUGUGGGACAGUUGUGAUUCCGCACUCGGAGGUACCUCUUCGCGGCAUCAACAUUACGAUAUAAGAGGCAUUACAUAUUAUUCAUUGGUCUCCUGCAGUAUCAUUUCGGAGAAGGAUCUACCAAUAAGCAUCGGCAGUUUAUGCACAGCUGAAACAUUUGGAAUAGCGCUGUCGUCUGCUUUAGCGACAACAGUAGCUGCCGCUUGGCUCAUUCAUCAAGCAAGAGCCGUACGGAUAACCGCUUUCUCUUUGUCAAACAAAGGAUUGGACGUCAGGAACAAAACAAUACGUUGUCUAUCUGAUUAACAAGGGGUUGGCUUCUUUCAGGAAUUACCAAACACUCAUAGAGGUUUAUAUUUGACGUCACGGAACCCUCGAGAUUGAACAAAAUUCAUUGGCUCACGAUGCGAAAUAGCAUCUAUUUCGUUCACUUUACAUAUUACUCAGUACGUCUAUAUGUCAGUACGUCUAUGAUAUUCGCCAUGGAAGCAAUGCCGGUGAAAGUCAAUGAAACUACUGUUUGGAAUUUGUUAACGGCAUGAGCAAUGUGAUUGUACUUCCCUUCUAUCUAUCAUAGCUAUGCAGACAUAACAAUCGGAAUAUCAUAAGCCUCAAUGGAAUAACAUGUGGAUAUAAAAUCAGUUUCUCUAGCUUGUAACAAAGGCUUCCAGUGAGCAUGACCGGAACCAGUUGGCCGCCCUCCCUCUUCCCAUUCCUCACGUCCGUCCUGCUCUUCCGUAUGUGCGUCGCCUUCUGUCCGCAACAAUGCGACUGCACACCGGAAGCCACACAGAUUCAGACCAAGAUGAUCUGCAAACGAGGCCCGCUGACCUCCAUUCCGCAAGAUGUACCAGGGACUCAGAUCAUAGUCAUAGACGGCGAGGGACGUAAUGACAUCAACAUUAAUUACAUACUUGAGAAUUCAUUUACACGUUAUGUCAAACUAGAGGAGCUAACGAUAGUAUAUGCUGGAGUCAAGUUUAUUCAUAGGAAAGCAUUUCAAAGACUGACCCAACUGCUGCGUGUUGACCUUCACAACAACCAAAUCGAAUAUUUAGAUGAGCAGAUAUUUUCCACCAUGAAAUAUUUGGCAUAUUUAGACCUUUCAAAUAACAAAAUCGGGCGGGUGUAUCGGGACAUGUUCGCCUUCCCGUUCAUCCAGAUGCUCAGUUUAAAAGACAACGGGGCUAACCUAAGAGACAGAUACUUAUUCCAGAAUCUAUCGAUGGUGGACGUUUUAGACAUAAGCGGAAAUGACGUAGGUAGCGACCUUCCGGCUGCUUUCCACGGGGUAAACCCGUACUUGCGUGUCCUCCGAAUGAAUUCCUGUGGAAUUAGUCAGGUCGCACCUGAGUUAAUCAAACUUAUUCAGAGAGUUCAUUCACUGGAGUUAAAAAAUAACUACAUAUCGGAGAUAUCGCCUCAGUCUUUCUCGCAUUUAACAAACUUGAAUGAGAUAUACCUUGAUAAUAACGAUCUACAUACUUUAGACAGUGCCAUAUUUCAAAGAUUACAGCUACGUGUUUUGGGGCUCGGAGGCAAUAACAUAUCUGUGUUAAAACCAGAUACGUUCCAUAACACGAGCAUUGGCCAUAUCAUCCUUAGUCAAAACAGCAUCAGCCACAUACCACCGAGUUUCUUUUCGCCCAUAAAUGUGAUACAAAAAAUACAGUUGGAUGGGAACCCGUUGAAAUACAUCGGGGCUGAGACUUUUUCUGGCCUUUCUGUGUUAGAUUACUUAGACUUAUCCAAUACUCAACUGCAUGGGUUUUCCUUGAAUGCUUUCUCUGGCAUUAACAUCCGCUUCUUGGACCUCUCAAAGAACAGUAUCAUGACUAUUUCCGAGAAAGCGCUGCAGCAGUUUGAGAAAAUCGAUUUGGUUGAAUUCUCUGACAAUCCGUGGCACUGUACGUGCUUUAUUAAGCCGCUGAAGAAGUGGCUAAGUGAUUCCAACUAUGGUCAGAACUGCUCGGUCAAGGUCGACCCGAAAGCGAGGCUGACUGACCUUGAGAAGAGGCCAUUCACAAACUGUCUCAAGUGCACCACGCCCCUCAAGAACGAGAACGAGACGAUGUUAGAGUUGACUGAUAAACAGAUAGAGCAAUGCUAUUACGUUCAGGAAGGCAAACUGACCUUAGACCAACAAGUGUUGAUCUGUGCUGGUGUUGGCAUUUGUGUUUUAGUGAUAUCUGUUGUUGCUUACGCCUUGUUCCAGCGGAGAAAUGUGCUGAAGUAUACUCUGAAAGGACGGACUGAUAUCAUAACAAACAAAGGCGUCGGAUCAAGGUCGGGUUCGCGCGCGGCGUCAAAGGCCGACUUGACGGACACCGUCGCCACUGAACCUGCCAGUUUAGACCCGAACGUGAAGCUGGAGAACAUCUCUGCGAUAUCUCAGCCCGGUUUAUUCGACCCCGAGGCAGAGAACAUCGUCAAUGGGAUUAUUUAUAGGAAUAGUUUCACCCCCAAAACACCGGAAGUAAACGAUGAAAAAACACCGGAAGUUAACGGCAAUAACUAUGGUUACGUCACGUCGCUUGAGUCCUGUGUUUAGUAUGAGCAAACGGUGUGUGACGUCACCUUAAAUGGCAGCAUGAGGGUUGAAAUGAGAAGGGUGUCUCUACAGUAUUAACAAGUAAAGUUAUUUGAUGCAUUGAAACUUUGGAAAACUUUUUAACGUUUAAAAACCCAGCUUUUGCUGCCGAAUUAGUCUAUGCGAGCUUGCAUAGAUGAAUGUACUGUCCUUACACUACCGGAUGUAUUGUCUUGCAAUGUUUUCAUUUUCUGUGCUUAUUUCGAUGUGCUUCUCCUUCAAAAGACUCAUUACUUCAGUACGUGUACAUUGUAUUUAUGAAUAACUGGUCUAUCAUUUCUCAUUACACUUCGUGCGACGUUGUGCUGUGGCAUGACCAAUGAUACAUCUCUUUAACUAGAAAGUCACCGGCCAUGAUCGUCACAGAUUAGAUGUAAUACCCUGACUGGUUCCAUUUUAGAUCCGGUACCACGUACCAUGGUACUACGUGACAAAAGAGGAUCCAAGAUGGAGACCAGUCAAGUGAAAUAUCACGCCGAUUGUUGCUUCCAGAAAGAGAAGCUAUCGGCACGAUCAACAAUCUUUAGUUUGUGUAGAAGCACAGGGGAGCCGGUCAUGCAAGUGAUAUGCUAAUUUGGCUCGCAUUGUUUAAUUAUGCAGCCCGCUAUUGUACAAUUGGGAGCUUAGAUUGGAUUUACACAGUACGCCACUCGGCUGCUAAUGUCUUAUAUAUUUCUUAUUCAUUCUGUCGUGCUCAAAUACGUUGUAUAAAGUAUUAGGAUAUAAUUUUGUAAGAUAAAUGAAUGUGCUAUGAAGAACCGCUUUUAAAGGUAGCGGGUGAUUUCAUAACAAAUGUGUACAUAUACAUGUACUGUUUUGUAU